AUGAGACCGAAGGGCACAUCAGAAACGACUUUACUUCUCACAAAUUCAAACUUAGAUUGUUCUGAGAGCAGUACAACCCCAGAACUUACUGAGGACAAUGAUUCUAUUGGUGUAUUGAUAGAACCAGAAGUUGAGACGGGUGCGGUAGAAAGCAUGUUUUCAUGGUCAAAACUAUGGAAAUAUACAGGACCUGGAUUUUUGAUGUCGAUAGCCUACCUUGAUCCGGGGAAUUUAGAAGCAGAUCUACAGAUUGGGGCCGUGGCCGGUUAUUCUUUGCUUUGGACACUGUUGUAUGCACAUAUUGCUGGUCUUUUGAUCCAAUGUCUUGCCGCUCGUAUUGGUGUCGUCUCGGGACAACAUCUGGCGCAACUAAUAAGAUGCCAUUAUCCGCGUUAUAUAUCAAUAAUAUUAUGGUUAAUAACUGAAAUUGCGAUCAUAGGGUCCGACAUUCAGGAGAUAGUUGGUACUGCAAUUGCUCUCCGAAUAAUAUUGAAGAUACCUCUGUGGUUAGGAACAAUGUUAACGGCACUCGACACAUUCGCUUUCAUGUUAUUGCAGAAUUACGGGAUGAGAAAGCUCGAAGCAUUCUUUAUGGCACUAAUUGCCACAAUGGCAUCAUGUUUUUGGAUUGAGAUGUUCUUGAGUGGUGUUGAUGUUAAAGAAGUCGCAGUGGGUAUCCUCGUCCCUAGUGUUCCUCGACGGGCAAUUAUUCAAGUAGUAGCAAUGGUUGGAGCCGUUUUUGCUCAAGUAUUCUACGCUCCUGGCGAGAACAAACACUUGCCAGGUCUAUAUGACGCUGGUAAUGUCUUGUCAAAUACCCUGGGUUAUGCAUCAAAAUAUCUGUGGGCUUUUGGGCUAUUGGCAGCCGGUCAAAGUUCUACAAUGGCAGGAACAUUAGCAGGUCAAUAUGUAAUAGAAGGAUUCUUUGGAAAAGUCUUAUCACAACAAUGGUAUCGAAAUGCGAUAACUCGUAGUAUUGCGUUAGUGCCUUCAAUGUUGGUCGCCAUAUAUGCCGUGA